AUGAAUACUAGUGUCUCACCUCCCAAUGGACGCGCUGUUACCACUCGAAUCGAUGAGGCAAAUCCCGGGCGCCAUGAUCAUGACGAGAAUCAAUACUUGAGCCUCAUUCGACACGUCCUCGACACGGGCGACGUUCGCCCAGACCGCACAGGAACCGGCACUAUCGCACUUUUUGCUCCCCAGAAUCUCCGUUUUUCCCUCUCAGACUCGACUCUACCUCUUCUCACCACGAAACGCACAUUUUUACGCGGCAUUAUCGAAGAACUGCUCUGGUUCGUCCAUGGCUGUACCGAUUCCACGAUCUUGUCGCAGAAAGGCGUCAAGAUAUGGGAUGGAAACGGUUCGAAAGCCUUCUUGGAAGGCCGUGGACUUGGGCAUAGGCGUGAAGGGGAUUUGGGUCCUGUGUAUGGAUUCCAAUGGAGACAUUUCGGCGCAGAGUACAAGGACUGCGACGGAGACUAUACUGGACAAGGCGUUGAUCAAUUGCGUGAAUGCAUCCAGAAGAUUAAAGAGAAUCCCACUGAUAGAAGAAUAAUCAUGAGCGCUUGGAAUCCCAAAGACAUACCACUUAUGGCUCUUCCACCAUGUCACCUUCUCUGCCAGUUUUACGUUCACCUCCCUCCGCCGAACAGCUCUCAGAAACCCAAGCUGUCCUGCUUGAUGUACCAAAGAUCCGCUGAUCUUGGACUAGGGAUCCCAUUCAACAUUGCGUCCUAUGCUCUCCUCACACAUAUGGUUGCCCGAGUCACUGGUACUGAUGCUCAUGAGCUUAUUAUACAGCUUGGUGAUGCUCACGUCUAUCGCGAUCAUGUCGACGCUCUCAAGAUACAGCUUACGCGUGAACCUAGGACAUUCCCGAAGUUGAAAUGGGCUAGGGAGGAGAUCAACGAUAUAGAAGAUUUCGUUUACGAUGAUUUUAUAGUGGAAGGAUAUAACCCCCAUCCUUCAAUACCAAUGAAGAUGAGUGUAUGA